CAGCCGCGCGCGGCGGCGGUGGCUCCUCGCAGGUGGAUGGGUGGAGUUCACAGAAGUUAGAGCAAGAUGGCGCCGAUUGGGGAUCUAAGCCCGGAGAACCCGAGUUGAAGCAACAAUCCCCGCCUAGGAAAGGGUUAAUGCGGGGGGGUAUCGCCGCUCCCUCUGACGAGGUGACUCUCCCUCUUACGAGGUGACUCGCUUUAACUGAGUCGGGCGCGCCUCGCUGGCAAUGGAAAACGGCGAGCUGAACAGCAUGGAGACGAUGGAGACCCUGACGGAGCUCGGCGACGAGCUCACACUGGGCGAUAUCGAUGAAAUGCUACAGUUUGUCAGCAAUCAGGUUGGAGAUUUUCCAGAUUUAUUUUCUGAACAGUUAUAUGGCACAUUCCAGAGCAGCAAUGCAUGUACUGGAGACAGAAUAUCAGAUACUUCACAGAAAGCCUACAGCCAGGGACAGUUACAGUCCUCUUCUCCUAGUGUAGCUUCUCCACCACAGCUUCAGUCUGUGCAAGUGAAGACGUCUCAGUCAGCGGGCACAAUUCCUGCUCCACAACGAACUGCACCGCCUCUUCAACCUCGCCCCCAAGUUCAACCCCAACUUCAGCAACAGACAGUGAUGAUUACUCCAACUUUCAGCUCUGCUCCCCAGACCCGGAUCAUUCAGCAACCUGUAAUAUACCAAAAUGCAGCCACAAGUUUUCAAGUGCUGCAGCCUCAGGUUCAAAGCUUGGUGACUUCCUCCCAAGUUCAACCAGUUGCCAUUCAACAGCAGGUGCAGACCAUGCAAGCUCAGAGGGUACUGACACAGAGUACUAGUGGCACCAUCCAGACACUAACUCCAGCGACUGUCCAGGCAGUAGCUGCCCCUCAGGUUCAGCAGGUUCCAGUCCUAGUCCAGCCACAGAUAAUCAAGACAGAUUCUCUUGUCUUAACGACAUUGAAAACUGAUGGCAAUUCUGUUAUGGCUGCUGUUCAGAAUCCAGCCCUGGCAGCAAUAACCACACCCAUACAGACAACAGCUCUGCAGACCUUGGUUGGUGGCAAUGGGGCCAUCUUGACAACUAUGCCUAUGAUGAUGGGAGGGCAGGAGAAGAUGCCCAUUAAACAAGUGCCUAAUAACACUAAGCAGCCAGAACCACCAAAGGAAGGAGAAAGGCGAACAACUCAUAAUAUUAUUGAGAAGAGAUAUCGAUCAUCUAUAAAUGACAAGAUCAUAGAACUGAAAGAUCUGGUCAUGGGAACAGAUGCUAAAAUGCACAAGUCUGGUGUACUGAGGAAGGCUAUCGACUACAUUAAAUAUCUACAGCAGGUUAACCAUAAAUUGCGACAGGAGAACAUGAUCCUUAAGCUGUCUAGCCAGAAAAACAAGUUGUUGAAGGGUUUUGACUUAAGCAGUCUAGUGGACACUGAUGUGGAUAUGAAGAUGGAUGAAUUCAAUCAAAAUGCUCUAUUGAUGUCUCCUCCAGCUUCUGACUCAGGGUCACCAGCAGGCUUUUCCCCUUAUUCAAUUGAUUCAGAACCAGGAAGUCCAUUAUUGGAUGAUGCAAAGGUUAAAGAUGAACCUGAUUCUCCACCUGUUGCUCUUGGAAUGGUUGAUCGCUCACGGAUACUGCUUUGUGCUCUCACAUUCCUCUGUCUCUCCUUUAACCCUUUAACAUCUUUUUUGGAUGGCAAAGAAACAUCGGACACUUACAGCACAGUGCAUCAUGGUUCUGAGAGGAAUAUACAAGCAAUAAAAUCAGAAUCAGGAGGCUGGUUUGGCUGGAUGAUGCCCACUUUGGUCUUGUGGCUUGUGAACGGUGUCAUUAUCUUGAGUGUAUUCAUAAAACUGUUGGUGCAUGGAGAGCCAGUGACACGACUGCAUUCCCGUUCCUCUGUGACUUUUUGGCGGCAUCGGAAACAGGCAGACCUGGACUUAGCUAAGGGGGACUUUGCUGCUGCAGCAUCAAAUUUGCAGAUCUGUCUUUCUGCCCUGGGCCGAGCGUUGCCUACUUCUCGUUUUGACUUGAUCUGUAGCCUUUCCUGGAACAUUAUUCGUUAUAGUCUCCAAAAAUUGGGAUUAGUACGUUGGCUACUAAAGAGGACAUCACAGCAGAGACGAGCAACUGAGACGCUUCUUGGCUUUGAAGAUGAAGCCAAGACUAGUGCACGAGAUGCAGCAUUAGUGUAUCAUAAACUUCAUCAACUCCAUAUUACAGGUAAGCUUCCAUCCAGUUCAGCUUACUCAGGAUUGCACAUGGCAUUGUGCGCUGUAAACCUGGCAGAAUGUGCAGAGGAGAAGAUUUCACCAAGUACCCUGGCAGAGAUUCAUCUAACUGCUGCAGUUGGCCUGAAGACUCGCUGUGGUGGCAAGCUGGGCUUCCUGGCGAGUUAUUUCUUAAGUCAAGCUCAAAGCUUGUGUACUUCUGAGCAUAGUGACAUCCCUGACUCCUUACGCUGGUUGUGCCAUCCUUUGGGGCAGAAAUUUUUUGUGGAACGGAGCUGGACAGUGAAAGCUGCUGCUAAGGAUAGUCUGUACUCCACUCAGAGGAACCCAGCUGAUCCCAUUGCACAGGUACACCAGGCAUUCUGUGAGAAUCUAUUGGAGAGAGCUGUUGAAUCCAUUGUGAAGCCUCAGAUUCCCAAAGGGGCUACAAGCCAUGAUGAUGAAGCACCCUGUGAAUUCGCUAAUGCUUUGGAAUACUUGACAUUACUAAGUUCUUUUGUGGAUUCUUUGGGAAGUGGGAUACCACCUUUUUCUGGAAAUUCUGUGCUGAAGUCUGCUCUAGAUCCUGAUGUAGUCUGCAGAUGGUGGUCAUCAGCAAUCACAAUGAUAAUUAGCUGGCUCAAGGGUAAUGAUACAGCUGUGAAAUCUCAGUUUAUCAACGUGGAACGAAUUCCUAAAUGCUUGGAGAUGAUGGAGAAUGCCCUUGUGCGAGCUAUCUUCCAUGUAUGCAAAGCCAUGAAUGUCUUAUUGUCUAGCAAGGCAGAUGGGCAGCAUAGUUCAUUUAGUCAUUGUGAAAGAGCUAGCACUCAUCUCUGGAAUAGUCUCAACGUGAGAAGCGGGGUCUCAAGCACAAGUCUCAACAAUAUGAUCCAGUUGCUGGCUUGCGAUCUACUGUUAUCUCUCCGUACCACUCUGUGGCAGAAACAGACAAAUUCUAGUCUAGCUUUGGGAGAAACGCACCAUGCUUCUGCUUCUGAACUGACUGGCUUCCAGCGUGAUCUUGGCAGCCUGCGAAAACUAGCAAAUAGCUUCAGGCUCGCUUACCGAAAGGUUUUUCUGCAUGAGGCCACUGUCCGCUUGAUGGCAGGAGCCAGCCCCACACGUACUCAUCAGCUGCUUGAGCAUAGUCUCAGACGUCGGAUCCCACAGAGUACCAAGCAAGGUGAGUUGGAUGUUCUUCCUGGACAAAGAGAACGAGCUACAGCAAUUCUAUUAGCCUGCCGCUACCUCCCCCUGUCUUUCCUGUCAUCUCCGGGCCAGCGGGCUGUCCUGCUGGCAGAAGCAGCUCGUACACUGGAGAAGAUUGGCGACAUGCGUUCCUGCAAUGACUGUCAGCAGAUGAUUGUGAAACUAAGUGGUGGCACAGCUAUUGCUGCCUCCUAACCCUAGAAGAAUAUUGAGACAUUGAAUGAAUACUUGUUACAUUCUCUUCCUUUUUCUUAAAAACCGUUCCAGAUUUGUGGAAGUUUCAUUAUACUAAUAGGAGACAGUGACUUGGUGUAUAGCAAGUGGCAAAUUAUUUGCCUCUAAGCAAAAAGAUUGUUCAUGCUGGUGCUAGAAAGUUAUUUUUCCCCCUGGCAGAGACUGAUAUCUUGGACUGGUUAAUUUGGAUAUCUUUGAAAGAGGGAUUUGCUUUUCUCUCAUUCUUUUUACAAAACAAUCUCUAUUGAAAACAUCUUUGGGGUAAUGAAUUAGUAAAAAGUAAAAAAUUUGGUAUGAAGUCUCAUUUGAUGGCAUUUGCAAUGAUUCAUCUUGGCCCAGUAAAUAGAUAGAUUCAAAGAAGAUAGAAUUGUGUUUAACUUCUUUUCUCCUCAGUAUACGUUUGUCCUACUUACUGAUACCUUCCAAUAAAAUAGAAGCUUUAGGAGGUCAGGACAGUUCUCUAGAGAAGUGCAUUAUGGUUUUUAUGCUAUUUGGGUUACUGUUAUUUAUAUUUUAUCAUUUUACAAACUAAAAAAUCCAGUUUCUUUUUGUCUCAUACUCUUCAUUCUGUAUCUUUCUUCUUUCUGUAGUCCUUUGUAAACUGAUGAUGAUCAGAAUGAUAGAAACUAUAGUUUCAAUCAAUCUAUCAAUUUUUAUUCAGCCAUAGACCAGCAGAUAAAACAAGAAAUAUUGCAAUUAAUUAGGAUAAAAGGGGGGGGGGGAAAUCCAAGGAGGAUUAGAAAAACAAACUUAGUGUACUGUGCAAACUAUAGAAUAGUACUUAGCUAUAAAGAAGUAAAAUCAGAUUAAUAUGAUAAUUAAAAAAUAAGUUAAAACAAAUCAGAACAACCCAGAAGUUUAAUAAAGAAUAGACAUAAUAAUUCCUAGUGAGCAUUUCUUAGAGGAGACAAUAUAAAAUAACUUGUUCCAUUUUUCAAUUGUUUCUUCAUGGCAUGGACACAAUCUAUGUUUGAAGAUAAUUUUUUAGUGUCUCCCUUCAGUAACAACUAUUGGGAGGACAUUGAAUCUGGCCAAGGAUAAAGCCCUUCUAAAUUUUGGAAUUGUUAUGUGACUAAGGUAUAUCACUUGGUUGAAGAAGAUACAAGAAACUAUAACAUCUAAAUCAGCAGGUUGUAGAAGACUGAUCUGUAGCAUAAUUGUAAGGCCAGGAAUUGAAUCUUCCUUUUAUAUAUUCUUCCUGAUAGGGAAAAAGGGAAGAAUAAAUACAACUAAAAGCAUUAAUUUAAAAAAAUAGUUAGAUGACAGGAUGUAGUCUUCCUGAUCUCAAUUAGGACUGAAGGUAAAGGGUAGAACAUUAACAUCUUUUCCAGCAUUGUUUUGCUGAAGGAAAUCCCACCUUCAAUCACUUUGGAAAGAGAUUUUCAGCAAGAUGAAACGUGGACAAGGAUGAAAUGUUCCUCCCCAAGACCUUGAUUUGGAUGCCUGUUUGUUAUAAACAAAGAGGUAGCUAGCCUAGCUACACUUUUUAAAUCAUGUGGAUAAUCAUCUAGCUUGACUCUCAAAAAAUACAACUCCCCCCCCCAAAAAAAAAAAAAAUAGUUCCAUGUUCACCGUUUGGUAAUAAAGAAACUGUUCUUUUCCCACAAUUUUUGGGAGUAACAUAUAUUUAUAGUAUGGAUGAAGUAUUUUAGUGUUAAAGGAAACAAUCUAUAGCUCAAUCUCCUCUGGCAGAAUUACACAAAUUUUAUAUUAUAUGGAACUCUUAAGGUCCACAAGCCAUGUUUUUCUCCUACUUAUUUCCUUUACUUAUUCUCUUUUUUUUGUUAAGUCUUUCAUUGCAUUAAUCUAAAUUUCAUGGCAGAAGAGCAAUUUGGAAAUUCACCCAACUUUAAUUAUAUUAUUCCUUGAAAUAAUGCAAUUGGUAAUCCUUGGCUGCAUCAUAGAUAGGAUUCUCAAUAAUGAAAGGUCUUUUAAACUUUAUAUUCCAAUGCCCCCAAAUGUGAAGCUGUAGUGGUAAAGACAUUUUAAAUAUUGCUAUUUCAUAGUUGGAGUCGAAAUACAUCGCAAUUAGAGAUGCAAAUCAUGAUGAUGAUAGAGUUUUAAUGCUCCAUAGUUAACCAGAAACAGAUUCCACAGUAAGGCCUUGACUUAAAUCUUGAAGGUCUGUUCUCAGUCAACCUGCAUUUAUUGAAAUGUAAAAUUUUAAUUUAAUGCAAUUUUCCUGAUUCUCCCUUAUAUAUGUGAGUGGAUGUGUUUGGUUUGUAUAUCCUGCCCCAUUCUGGUACAUGGUGAAAUUUAAUAUUUGACCAUGCUAUUUGAAAAAAGUUUUGUUUCGCUGGUUUCCUUGAUGGAAGUGUAUUUAAGUUUGUAUUUCUUACAACUGAUAUGCAUACUGUAAUUCUCUUGUAAACCUAGGUAGACAGAAUAAGUGUCCCAAUGUGCUGCUGACACAGAGGCACCUUUAAAUUGGAAGGCUGUGUAAAGUACUGUUCCAUUCACUAAGACAGAAUCUUAAUGAUGGCAUUCCCAGUGCAGGUAGCAGCUAAGUAGGAAAAAUAAUAAACUUAUUGGGACUGAGGAGAUUAGAGGUCAUUGCUAAUUUAGGCCCCCAACUGCUGUUAUAUACAUGCAAAUUUUGCUUUAUUAUAAAAUAAAAUAAUCAGCCCAGGAGUAACAAAAAGAGUGUGAAUUCUUAAGAGUCUAACAGAUUGAUUCGGUAGGCUUGAACUUGCAAAUGCUUCCACCUGGGCACUCUCAGGGCAAAUAAUUCAAUAUAAUUAAUUUGUUAAAAAAUGUAAAAAAAUACCCAUCUCUUUCUGAGCAUUUCAUGGUUUCUUGAAUUUGAAACAUUGAAAGUAGUUUAUUUUUGUUAAAAGAGCAAAUGGCCAUUAUAAUAUAAAAAAAUCAUAUUAAUCAGUCAGUUGGAUGGAGAUGGGUGGCUAUAAAAAUUGAAUAAUUAAAUAAAUAUUGCACAGCCAUAAGAAUGAGGUUACUGUCUUCUUUAAAUUACAAUUGCAUAGAUGUGAUCUCUACAAAGAAAUUUACCUUCUUGCAUAUUUUUGGCAGUUUUAUACACUUCAUGUAUUUAUGGAACUGUUCCUCCUAAUCUUGCCCUAUAUAUGUUUUGUGUAUAUAAUGGUAACUUUUCUGUUUUUAUAUGAUAUGAAAAGUGUCUUUUUAUCCCAAUAAAAUUAGAAAUAGAGAUGCUUUGAUACAUGAAGAUGUAGCAGGUGGUGAUGUCACGAGAUGAGGGUUUCUGUUAUUCCCAGUUGUGACCUUUUGGUAUGGAUCAUUAUGUAAUUUAUCUAAUAAAGACAAAAUUUAA